GCUUUCAAUCACACAAAAACGGAGGAAAAUCACAAGAAAAGUUCCUUUGUGUCGUGGGAUAUAUCUUACGGCCCUUUUUCUCCAUGGGGUAUUUCCUCGGAAAUUUUCCUAACUUUGUGAUUGUCACACAUGACAUUGCGCCAACUUCACUCCGCAAUUACUUGCAGUUUUUCCAACUUUAGAAUUUCUUCAAAAUAAAGAAUAAUUUUUUGAGUGUUUUGUGCCCCAAAAAAUGGUGCAGCCAGCCGUAGAAGCAGCCGUGGUGCAGGAUGUGGAGAUGGAGAAUGCAGAAUCACCACCGGAUCCGGAGAAAUUGAAGAUGGAAGCUGAUGUUUUGUCCGUGCUGGAGCUUCGGGAGCAUGCUAAGCAAAUUGAGAAGGCAGUCUCCAGCAAGGAGCCCCGUUUCAUUCUACGUGUGCUCCGAGCUCUACCCAAUACGCGUCAGAAGACAACCCCAGUAGUCAUGAGAACCCUGGCAACGCAACUCUAUCCCGCGGGGCAGGACAGGAAUGCUAUCCUUGUGUUUGUGGAGGAACUCCCACCGGGAACAACAGAACCCGAAGUUCCACGCGCACGAGCUGCCACAAAGCCUCCCAUUCCGGAAGUGGAUGCUUACUACCACUUGCUCGUGUUGGUGCGUCUUCUGGAUGCGAGAAAUCUCGAAAAGGCAUCAGAGUGCUCCGAAGCUCUCAUGAAUAAGAUUGUCACGCAAAAUCGCCGCACACUUGAUCUGCUGGCAGCCAAGGCAUACUUCUACCACUCCCGUGUGGCUGAGCUGACCAACAAGCUGGACAGCAUCCGUGGCUUUUUGCAUGCUCGCCUUCGCACUGCAACGCUACGGAAUGACUUUGAGGGUCAGGCUGUUAUCAUCAAUUGUCUCCUGAGAAACUACCUUCACUACUCCCUCUACGAUCAAGCAGACAAGCUGGUGAAUAAGUCUGUUUUCCCCGAAUCAGCAAGUAACAAUGAAUGGGCGAGAUUCCUGUACUACCUUGGCCGGAUUAAGGGAGCUAAGCUUGAGUACAGUCAGGCACACAAAAAUCUCGUUAUGGCAUUGCGGAAGGCGCCCCAGAAUGCCGCUAUUGGUUUCCGUCAGACCGUGCAGAAGCUCAUCAUUGUGGUGGAGCUCCUGCUUGGUGAUAUUCCGGAGCGUCAAAUUUUCCGUCAAGCCGCUCUACGUCCAUCAUUAGCUCCCUAUUUCCAGCUCACUCAAGCUGUACGUCUGGGUAAUCUGAAGCGAUUCAGUGAGGUGUUGGAGCACUUUGGACCGAAAUUCCAACAAGACUACACCUACACCCUUAUUAUAAGGCUCCGCCACAAUGUCAUCAAAGCAGCAAUUCGAUCAAUUGGGCUCUCCUAUUCACGCAUCUCCCCGCGCGAUAUUGCCAAGAAGUUGGGGCUCGAUGCGUCUGAAGAUGCGGAAUUUAUUGUAGCCAAGGCCAUUCGGGAUGGUGUAAUUGAGGCCACUCUUGAUCCGGAGAAGGGCUUCAUGCGUAGCAAAGACAGCACCGAUAUCUACAGCACGCGUGAGCCUCAAUUGGCCUUCCACCAGCGUAUCUCUUUCUGCUUGGAUUUGCACAAUCAGAGUGUUAAGGCAAUGCGUUACCCACCAAAAUCCUACGGAAAGGACCUCGAGAGUGCCGAGGAGAGACGCGAGCGUGAACAGCAAGACUUAGAACUUGCCAAGGAGAUGGCUGAGGAAGAUGAUGAUGGAUUUUAAAGCUCUGUGGCGCAUCUCAAUAAUCUUUGUAUUUCAGAAUUGAUUAAAAAUAUUUUUUUCGCAAAA